AGUUCCGGUUCGCCUGACGAUGUAACCGGAAGUAGUUCUUCGGGUCGUCAGGCGUUAAGCGCCUCCAGCAGGUAACGGGGCUGACUGUCCCGGAAAGAGGUGGAGGGAGCGCCAGUGACUGAGGGAAGGAGGCCGAUUCAUCGAGAGACCUAAGUGCACGAGUCGGUCUUUCUUCUCCCCUGUGCCGCGUGGUGUCCACGAGCGCGAGCGGUUCCACGGGAAGGAGGGUGGGGGGAGGGGGGUAGAGAGUGACCGGUGGGGUCUCCCCGCCACGGCUUUUUAUUCUCGAGGGGAGGACGGCGGGAGGGCAGCCGUUGCUCCCAAGGUGAUCGGAGCUCGCCGCCGCUCCCCUAGCCGGGCCUCACUGAGACCCCGCCCCCAUCUGGCCCUCAGGGGCGGGGCAGGGAUCUCGGCUGUCUCCUAGGCCGGCCCCUGGUGAGGCGAAGAAGAAGGAAGAGGGGAGAGACGCUGCGGAAAGCCCUCUGCCCCUUCCCGGACCUCCGCAAAGGAGCCGUGGGCGUUCCUUUCCCCCAGGACCCCGCCCCUCACCCUCUCUUUGCCGGCCACGCUAAUUUUGCCGUUUGUAAGCAUGGCUUUUUAACUCACUAGCGAUCCUGAGAGGCCUGGGCCCGGGCUUCUCCUUGUCGAGUGCUGUGAUCGGCUUCUCCGAGCCCGUUUUUCCUUCCAGUCUAUAGCCGAGAGCAGGAGUGACCGCUCGUGAAGAGGUGCCGGCAUGUUUGAGCUCGAAGCAGCUUGCGAGCAGCUCAAUGAAGUGAGCCUGGAGAAGCAGGCGCCUGCCGGGGGAAGUGUGGAGAGCCGCCCGGACCUCGGCCUCGACCCCAAUCCUACGUCCGGGCCUGUGCCCGUGCCCGGCCCCGACCAGCUCUGCGUUACGAUUGGGGCCACUGUGCCUACCGGCUUUGAGCAGACGGCCGCCGAUGAAGUAAGGGAGAAAUUGGGCUCGCAGUCCAGAAUCAGCAAAGACCGAGGCAAGAUAUACUUUGACAUUUCAGUGGAGAGUCUGUCCAAGGUUCAUAGUCUAAGAUCAGUUGAUAAUUUAUUUGUUGUUGUUCAGGAGUUUAGAGAUUAUCAAUUCAAAGAAACCAAGGAAGAUGUUCUAAAGGAUUUUGAAGAUUUGGCUGGGAAGCUUCCUUGGUCAGACCCUUUAAAAGUAUGGAAAAUCAAUACCAGCUUUAAGAAAAAAAAGACAAAACGCAAAAAAUUAACUCAACAAAAUACUAUAUUCAAAGAAAAGAUGGAUGAUGGACAAGGAGACAUGGGAGAUGAGAAGCAGAUCACCAAUCAUACUAUGGAGGCAGUCUUAGAAACCAUUGAAAACCAAGAUGGUACCAUUGGUGAAACUCCCAUUUUAGCUUACAAUAAAAAAGUUUCAGAAAAACCAUCUGCCAUUGAGAACAAAAGAGUUAAUGAGAUCCCCAGAGAUGAAGCUGAACCACAAGUGCUCAAGUUCCGAGUCACCUGCAACAGGGCAGGUGAAAACCAUAGUUUUACAUCCAAUGAAGCAGCAAGAGAUUUUGGGGGAGCUGUUCAGGACUAUUUCAAAUGGAAGGCUGACAUGACCAACUUUGAUGUAGAGGUUCUCUUAAAUGUCCAUAAUAAUGAAAUAGUUGUGGGCAUUGCAUUGACAGAAGAGAGUCUCCAUCGAAGAAAUAUUACACAUUUUGGUCCUACAACUCUAAGAUCCACUCUUGCUUAUGGCAUGCUCAGGCUUUGUUCUCCUCAGCCUACUGACAUAAUAGUAGAUCCAAUGUGUGGAACAGGUGCCAUACCAAUAGAGGGGGCUGCUGAAUGGCCUAAUUGUUAUCAUAUUGCUGGUGAUAAUAAUCCCCUGGCUGUGAAAAGAGCAGCAAAUAACAUCUUGUCAUUAUUGACAAAGAGUCAGAUUAAAGAAAGUAAAGCAUUCUGGGGCCUGCCCAUAGAUGCUAUUCAGUGGGAUAUCUGCAAUCUGCCUUUGAGGACUGGUUCUGUGGAUAUUCUUGUCACAGAUAUGCCAUUUGGAAAGAGGAUAGGAUCUAAGAAGAAAAACUGGAAUCUCUAUCCAUCUUGUCUCCAGGAGAUGAGCCGUGUCUGCAGACCUGGGACAGGCCGAGCUGUGCUACUUACUCAGGACAGGAAAUGCUUUUCCAAGGCAUUAUCCAGAAUGGGGCAUGUAUGGCGGAAGGUGCAUACUGUCUGGGUGAACAUAGGAGGUCUUCAUGCUGCAGUUUAUCUUCUCAAACGUACCAGUCAAGUAUUCAUUCACCCUUCAGAGAUAGAGCAUGAAAAAGGAACAUCUUGAGGAAAAUUAAGACUGUCUUUUCUUCAUGUCUUUGUCUUUGAAAAUUAUGUUUAAUGUGCCUCCCACAACUGAAAAUGUCUGAGACAGCAUGAGGAAAUGGUUAUAAAAUAUGCAGAAAUAGUAACAAAAAUCUAAUUUGUCACUGCAUCCAAACUAGUCUGAAGAUAAUCCUGUAACAAGAAUGUAGAAGGUGAAUAUUGAUAUUAGUAAACUUAAGUCACAUUUCCCCAACAAACCAAGGAGUGUAACUUGUUUCUCUUAAGAUGGCCUUAAGAUGUUGAGAGAUUGCUUAAGUGUUUUUCUCAUGUUUACAUAAUUUUCUGUUUUAGGUCUACCUCUACAAGGCAGAUUUUCCAUUGUAAUUCUUGGGAAAGAUACCUAUCACAGUGCCUCAGUUUACAAUUCAGUAAAGAAAUAGCCUUACUUUAAGUGGCACUCAUUCUUUCUUGUUCCCUCAACUUAGUUCAUUUUUAGACAGCAUGCACAUUACUACCCUGGAGCAAGAAGAAUGAAGAAGUCACAGGACAUUGAGGGAAAUUUGCCAUCUGCCUUACAAAAUGAAGUAUACUAUGCUCUUUGCCUGAGUAAUUUAGUGUUGGUUUUUUUUUAAGGUGGUGACUAACUUGUGCUAAACCAUUUGUUUUAUAACAAAAUGCAUUUUAACAUAAGUCAUGGGACCAGGUUAAAUUAUAUCAAACUAAUUUUGUUUUUAAGUAUAACUUUGUAUUUGAGUUGUACAGAUACUAAAGUUGAUGGGGCAGAUAUGUCACUUUAUUAGGCUCUAUUUGACACUGGAAAGCAUUUUUGGUCAUUUUAGAGGAAGAACGUUAUAUAAUUUGGGGGUUCUUUGGUUGCCUUUUUUCCAUAAUGAGCAGUAUUUUUGUUGGCAUGUAUUUCUCACUGCAAACUACACAAAUCUGUACAAUUGAAUACCUCCCACUCAAAGCAGAUGAGAGUGAAUCCUUCCCACAAACCAUGUAAUUGGUCAGGGUUGGUAUAAGCUAAUUUAUGUUCAAUCAUUUCCCACCAGUUUCCAGAUGUAUUCAACUUAAUCUUUUUAUGCCAUGUUACCAUAAUAAAGUUUUACUUACCUUUUUGAUGUCACAUUUACAAGGAGAAAAUAACAUUUCUUCAUUUUAGACAAUCCAUGUUAACCACAUAGCUGAUGAUUCUUAACUUGCUUACUUUCACUUGAAAUUAAGCAUAAUGCUUUUCAAAAUAUUAAGCCCUGUAUUAGAUUUUAGUCAUCAGAGCCCUAGCCCAAAGUUCUGAGUUGUCUUCACUCACACCAACCAAAUAUGAAAUUCUGACAGCAAACAUCAUUUGAACUUUAUACUAAAGUACCAGCCAUAAGUUCAAGCAACAUAUAUUUUUAACUUGUAUUGGUUGAGCUUGUGUACAAAUAUAAUUUUUUUAUCCUUCUUAGAUAAACCAUUACUGCAAAAAUAUCUGUAAAAAUAGUUUUGACCUCACUUAAUAUUCAGUACAAUGGAAUAAUAAUAAUUUUAAUAGAAAUGUGACAUGUAAUUCAUCUGAGACUUAUAUUCAAGAUUUCACAAUAUAAAAUCAAAUUAUAUUUGGCCUUAUCUUAAAUGUGAGUGUUAACUGUGAGGUAAUUUUUGUUAACGUUGGUUGGAGUUCACAUUGUUUUGUAUGGGAAUAGAUGGGAGGUGUCCAAUAUUUUAAGGAUUCUUUUCAUCACUUAUUAUGGAUUACAUCAUUGAGUUCAUUAGUCACAAGUUACUUUCAUGCUCUAAACUGAUUAAAAAUAGGCAAAGACACAAAGAUAACAUACUUUCUCUUCUAAGUUUCUUUGUCAAAUAGUUUCACUAGAGUGGUUUGCCAUUGCCUUCUCCAUUUCAUUUUACAAAUGAAAUAAGAGUAAAACAGGGUUAAAUGACUUUUGCAGCUAAUCAGUAUCUUGAGACCAAAUCUGAAUUCAAAAUAGUAAUGUUGUAACCAGUGAUCACAAAUUUUGGUCCCUAGUACCUAGUAAAAACAUUUAAUGAGUAACUGAAAAGAAGGUGGAAGGCUUCUCUUAAAAAAAAACUUUAUUCUCAUUUCUACAUGAUUUAUUUUCCAAUGUGUCAUCCCUAAGAGCCAAUCUUUGACAGGGAAAAAAAAAAGCUAGAUUAAUGCCUGAAUUAUAUGCAAUGUUGUAUACCUGUAAUCCAUCCCUUUUUCCCUUUGCCAGAAGUAAGGAGAUGCUUUCCUAUAGUUUUUUAAUACUAAAUUUGGUUAUCUUAGUUUUAUAACAUAUAGUUCUGUUCUUGACAUUUCUAUGGUGGUUGUUGCAUAUGUGUGUGUGUAUAACUCAUUUUUGAUGGACUGACAGAACCAGUCCUUGAAUAGACUGAGACAGAAAAACACCCAGGACUCGUUAGCAGUGAGCUAGUUCAGAAUUGCCAUAUCUCAUUAUUUUCUCGUUAGUUUUUUCCUCUUUUUUUCCCUUUAAAUUUUGAAUUCCCUUUUUCUCCCUCCCCUAUUCCUUAAGACAAGCAAUUAAAUAGAAUGUGUGCAAUGAUGCAGAAUAUUUCCAUAUAUUAACCAUGUGGCAAGAGAAAGAUCAACCCUCCACCCCUACAUUUUUUAAAAAGUAGGCUUCAAUCUGCAUUUGGCAUUAUAACUUUUUGGAAUUGUCCUGGAUCACUGUAUUUCCAUAUCAAUAUUUUAGUCGACCCACAGUGAUAAAAAAUUUGCUGCUUUUUUUGACACAGCCCAUUCUACUUUAGGACCAAUAAUUAUCUGCAUAUUUUUAUUUCCACUGAUAGGACCUCCUGCCUGUCUGCUAGUUCUGCCCUCUGGGACAAAUUUAAUAAUCCACAUGGUGACAGCCCAUCAAGAUACUUUAAAAGACAGCUUUCAUACUUUGUCUUUUCUCCAUGUUAAAUUAGCUGCAGUUCUUUUCAACUGAUUUGUACUGCAUAGUCUGAAAUUUUGUGCACAAGCAUGUGUGCAUGUGUAUGCACACACUCUUCCCCCCCUCCCCCCCAAGCAUUGGUUACCUUUCGAACAUGCUUUGGCUUUUUGAAGUUAUUUGUAUGUUUAAAAAAAAGAAACACAUUUCAGAGACAAGAAGUUUAUUAUUGUGGCAGUUUUUCCAAGAUAUUUUUACUUUGUUAAAAUAUUACCCAAUUACAGGUUAAAAACCUCUUUUAACAUUCAUUUUUAAGAUUUUCAGUUUCAAAUUCUUUCCCUCUUACAUUUGAUACCAAUGAUACAUAGUGUCUUGGAGUUCUUGGAAUACUGUUUCUUCUUGAAUAAACUGAAAAACAAGGCAA